AUGGCCAUUAAUGCCCUUCAAGAUGAUUAUUUUGAAAACCUUCAUCGGCAAACAACCGCUAGCUAUCGGGCUAAAAUUCAAAAGGAAAAAUCUAAACAAUCCGUGUCUUCUAAUGGGAAAAGAGCUGGCAGUCAUAGCGGACAAUAUCGUCGUUCGUCGGAAACUAUGAAAAGGCGUCGUGAAUCGUCUGACAAAGAAAAUCGUCUGCAACAUGAUUUAUAUCAAGAGCGACCUACAACAAGCAAAGCUGCAGAUAAAGCGAAUAUUCGCUUGGCCACAAAACAAAGCGCUACUGAAAAUGAAGAAUCCGAUUUGAAAGCGCUAAAGCUUUUGAGAGAAUACUCCAGUGAAUGGUUUAACGAACACAUUUUAAAAAAUAGAAACACGCAAACCUCUCAAGAAUGGCAGCAUUCAAAAGAUCAAUUGAAGGUUGGGAACGGGGUGCAAACUAAUCAACUUUUACCAAAACAUGGGAGUAAGUUUGUGACUUCCCAUGCCGGUCAGGAAGAAGAUGGUUUAAAUCGACGGCAGCAAGCUUUAUUGGCACAAGGCAGCAAAAUCAGCGGUAAUCGAAAUCAAAAAUCUCAAGAAAAGCGUCCAAGUCUACAGCAAUUAUUAUCCAACCGAGGCAGUUUAGAAGUUUCGAGUGCAAAUAAGCCACUAACCAUUUCUAAGCAAGGCAGCAAAAUUGUUAGCAUCCAUUCGGGUUCGCAUGUUCGGGCUUCUUUGGAGAAGCACAUGUCGAAAGAGGCAAAUGAAUUACCAACGAUAUCCAAAGAAGGCAGCAAAAUUGUUUCCUCCCAUCUGGGCCUUGAAAGAGACGUUAUAAAUCAAAGGCAACCAAACGCAUCUACACAAGCGACCAAAAUUGGUGGUAGGGGUCAAAACGACCAAGAAAGCCAUUUAAGUCUACCGCAACUAUCACUUAACCGCGGCAGUAUAAAUAUUCGUUCUUUAGAGAAGCAGCUCUCAAAAGUUGCGAGUGAUCUACAAACUAUCUCCAUACAAGACAGCAAAAUUGGUAGCACGAAUUCAGGCUUCAAGGAAGACAUACAAAAUCAAAAAACUCAAGGCCUACCUAUGCAAAACGGUAAAGUCGAUGGCAGCGAACAGAAGAUUCAAGAAAGGCGCUCAAGUCAACAGCCAACAUUCUCCAAUCGGAACAGUGUAGACGUACGGGGUUCUUUACAGAAGCACGUGUCAAAAGAUGAAAAUGAAUUACAAACGAUAUCUAAACAAGCUAGCAAAGUUGCCCCAUCGAAUCAGAGUCUGAAAGAAAGUAUUUUAAAUGAAAAAAGAACAAGCAAAAUGAGCGGUAGUGCGCAAAAUUCCCAAGAAAGUCGUCAAAGUUCUCAACAACUGUUAUUUAAUCGAGACGACGAGAAUAUACGGACUUCGUGGGAUAAGCGUCUUUCAAAAAAUACAGACGAGCUGGAAAAUGGUCAAAAAUUCUCCAAAGAAAACAGUAAAACUUUUAAUUUGAAUUUUUCAGGUUCUCAAGAGAAACGUGUAAGCGAACAACCUCCAUUGUCCAAGCAAGCUAGCAAAUUAGCUGAUUCAGUACAGGGACUUCAAGACAAUGACAAUGAAGCCCUCGAUAAAUAUUCACACACUCAAAAGCGACAUAUACGUCCACUACCGGCACCGCCUAGACACGUCAGCAUAAACACUGGUAAUAACGCAACCCAAAAUGCUAGGACAAGGUCCAGUGGGCAGGCAGUUAGGACGCAUUCUUAUAGUCCUUCUUCAGGAUCGUCAGGUACUCCAACGGGUAUUAGGCGUUCUGUCCGUUCGGCCGCUCAGUUGACUAGAUGGGAACCUGCGUCUCGGAAAAAAGGAGGUCAAGAGCAAAAUCAAAAACAGUUACGUUCCAGAAGCCCAAGUUGCUCUUCUAGUGGCUUAAGCUUAAGAUCCCGCAGCAGAUCUCGGAGUGUUUUAGGUUCGCGUUCAUCGUCAACAACACGUCUCCGAAAAUUGGCUAAUGCUGACCCAGUAGCGUUAUAUCAAUAUUACAAAAAUGAAUGGAAUUAUUUUCGUCAACAAAUACCAGGAGAAAGCAAACAUGAACAAUUACGUUGGCAUAUACGACAACGCUUAAAUCCAUUAGAUGAGUAG